UGAAACGGCACGUCAACUUCCCACAACCUUCACUCCACCUUCCAUCAUAUGUCUUGAUUUUCCCCCUUUCACAAUAUAAAAACUUCCGGUCCGUAUCUGUUGACCCUUACUCUCAUUCCUCUCCAUAUAUACACAAUUCCACGCCCCUUCGCCUGUUCACAAUACACACAAAACACCACAGACAGACAUCUUUCUCCCUCUUUGCACGUCUCUCUUUUAAGUCUUCUCUCCAUUCCUGUUCCGAGGGUGAUCGAACAUGGGGAACUACAUUUCGUGCACGUUCAUCACGCCGCCUUCCAUGAAGAGCAGCUCGAGGGUCGCGAGGGUCAUCUUCCCAGGCGGGGAGAUCAAGCAGUUCCGGGAGCCGGUCAACGCGGCCGAGCUCAUGCUGGAGUGCCCGGGCCACUUCCUCGCGAGCUCCCGGUCCCUGCAUGUCGGGCGGCGGUUCUCCGCGCUCGGCGCAGACGAGGAGCUGCAGCUCGGCGAAGUCUACAUCAUGUUCCCCAUGCGGAGGGUGAACUCCGUGGUCGCGGCCGGCGACAUGGCCGUGAUGUUGAUGGCCGCGAGAUCGGCCACGAAGAGGAUAUCUGCUGGGGCUAAGGUCCGGGUGUCGCCCGAGUCCGCCGGGGAGGUGCAGGAAUCGCCUGAGGGGGGAGCCGCCGCCACCGACGAGAUGAGGCCGAGGCUAGAAGAAGUGGAGGGGUUCCCCCUGGCGGAGUACAAGCACAGGCUGGCCGUGUGCAGGUCAAGGAGGCCUCCGUUGGAGACCAUAAAGGAGUAGGCCGUUCUAUCAAGGUGAAGAAGCAUAUGGGGAGAUUUUACCUUAGUCUGCUGCUCUGAUGCAACUUUUUGGCUUAAAUAGAGGAAGGAAAUUUACUCAAGUGGGACUUGGAGAUCAAUCUCUCUCCAUGUACAUAUAAAAUUUUCAACUUUUAUCCUUUUGGGUGUGCAGUGAAUCGCAUUGGCUGUAUGCAUAAAGAGCAAAGGGAAAGACAUUAGGAUGUUUUCGCGUGUUAUAGUUGAACAGUUGAACUCUAAUCUAAUCAAAUGAUUAUCAUUCCA